AUGGACUUCGUCAUGAAGCAGGCCCUUGGAGGGGCCACCAAGGACAUGGGGAAGAUGCUGGGCGGAGAGGAGGAGAAGGACCCUGACGCACAGAAGAAGGAGGAGGAGCGGCAGGAGGCACUUCGGCAGCAAGAGGAGGAGCGCAAGGCCAAGCACGCACGCAUGGAGGCCGAGCGUGAGAAGGUCCGGCAGCAGAUACGAGACAAGUAUGGGCUGAAGAAGAAGGAAGAGAAGGAGGCUGAGGAGAAGGCAGCCCUGGAGCAGCCCUGCGAAGGGAGCCUGACCCGGCCCAAGAAGGCCAUCCCGGCAGGCUGCGGGGACGAGGAGGAGGAGGAGGAGGAGAGCAUCCUGGACACGGUGCUCAAAUACCUGCCCGGGCCACUGCAGGACAUGUUCAAGAAGUAA